UCCAUGAACAUUUCUGUCAUUGACUUAUGCAUCAUGUCUUUCCAGGGCCCUGUUAAUGCAUUUUUACUGCACUGGACCAUGGAAAGUGGAAGUAAUGUCACUGUGUUUAUUCUCUUAGGACUAUCUCAAAACAGGAACAUUGAAAUCCUCUGCUUUGUGUUGUUUUUAUUUUGCUAUGUUGCUAUUUGGAUAGGAAAUUUGCUCAUAAUGAUUUCUAUCACAUUCAGUCUGCUAGUUGACCAACCCAUGUAUUUCUUCCUUAAUUACCUCUCCCUCUCCGACCUUUGCUAUACAUCAACAGUGAUGCCCAAACUAAUGACUGAUUUACUGGCAGAAAGGAAGACCAUUUCCUGUAAUAACUGCAUGGCACAGCUUUUUAUCCUUCACUUCCUUGGAGGCAUCGAAAUCUUCAUCCUCACAGGGAUGGCCUACGACCGUUAUGUGGCCAUCUGCAAGCCCCUGCACUACACCAUCAUCAUGAACAGGCAAAGGUGUAACACGAUCAUUGUAGCUUGUUGCACUGGGGGAUUUCUACACUCUGCCAGUCAGUUUCUUCUCACCAUCUUUCUGCCAUUCUGUGGCCCCAACGAGAUAGAUCACUACUUCUGUGAUGUGUAUCCUUUGCUGAAACUGGCUUGCACUGACACCUCCAGAAUCGGUCUCUUGGUAAUUGUCAAUUCAGGUCUGAUUGCUUUGGUGACAUUUGUGAUUUUGAUGGUGUCUUAUUUUCUCAUACUACAUACCAUCAGGGCUUUCCCUGCAGAGAGCCGUGCCAAAGCUCUUUCCACUUGCAGUUCUCACAUUACAGUUGUGGUCCUGUUUUUUGGGCCUGCCCUUUUCAUUUACAUUAGACCAGCCACAACUUUUCCAGAAGAUAAAGUGCUUGCCCUUUUCUACACCAUCAUUGCACCCAUGUUCAAUCCUCUGAUCUACACACUCAGAAACAUGGAGAUGAAGACUGCUCUGAGGAAAGUGUGGUGCCAGAAAGCAUUUUUGAUUGGAAGGCAAAUCAUCUGAAAGCAUGAUCUGAAAGCAUGAUUUCCCUCCUCACCACAGACCCUAUUCAAGUGAUACUUGUUUCACUUCAGUUUAUUAAACCAGGAACUUUGCUGUAAGAAAAAUAACCAUGACACCAGUGUCAUUUCAUUAACAUUAAAAUUUGCUAUAUCAUACUUUCUUCUUUAUUUCUUGAUCUGUUCCUUAUUUAUAUCUUUGCUUAAUAAUUUGAGUCAUCAUUUCCUUGUUCAAGUUCUGUUAUGCUUUGCUUUGAUUUUUUUUCCUUUAGAUUUCCAUUAGUUGCUAACUGGGAUCACCAUUUUAAUUUCUCUGAACUUUGGUCCCAUGAGUGAAUAUCCAAAUGUAUGCAAGCAAUAUCAUACUGACCAUCCUAGACCCAGAGAGUCCAUAUGACCUUGUUGUCCUCCCUGCAUUCUCAUCAAAAAGAAGUCUCAGAAAUUUAGAACCAUUCUUCCUCCUCUUCUUCCCCCUUCUUCUUUUUCAUAGCCCAGUAGUUUUCCAUUAUGCAAAUGUACAGUAGUUGUUUUAUCCACUCCUAUACUAAUGGACACUUGGGCUGUUUUCAAAUCUUGGAUA